UCUUCCGGCCGCCGUCCCUCUACCGCUCCGCUCAGGUCUUCCGUUUUUAAAGUGACCCAAGGCUUCCCGGGGUGUGCACGCGCCUCCAGCUCUGACGCGCAGGCGCAAUCGCAGGAUCGGCCCAGGCACUAGCUAAGCACGUGGGUGGGCUGUCCUGCAAGACUGCGGAGCGCGUGGAACCUCGAUUUUGGUGGUCCAUCGUGGGCAGCGGACUGAUAAAGGCCAUGGCGCCGGCGGAAAUCCUGAACGGGAAGGUGGUCUCUGCGCAAGUAAGGGAAAGGCUGAAGAACCAAGUCGCUCAGAUGAAGGAGCAAGUACCUGGUUUCACACCAGGCCUGGCAGUGUUACAGGUUGGCGACAGAGAUGAUUCCAAUCUUUAUAUAAAUGUGAAACUGAAGGCUGCUGAAGAGAUUGGGAUCAAAGCUACUCACAUUAAGUUACCAAGAAAAUCCACAGAAGCCGAGGUGUUAAAGCACAUUAUGUCGUUGAAUGAAGACUCCACUGUACAUGGUUUCAUCGUACAGUUACCUUUAGAUUCAGAGAAUUCUAUUAACACUGAAACAGUGAUCAACGCUAUUGCACCUGAAAAGGAUGUGGAUGGAUUGACUAGUGUCAGUGCUGGAAAACUUGCUAGAGGUGACCUAAAUGACUGUUUCAUUCCUUGUACACCUAAAGGAUGCUUGGAACUCAUCAAAGAGACAGGGGUACAGAUUGCUGGAAGGCAUGCUGUGGUGGUCGGGCGCAGUAAAAUAGUUGGUGCACCAAUGCAUGACUUGCUUCUGUGGAACAAUGCCACAGUGACUACCUGCCAUUCCAAGACGGCCAACCUGGACAAGGAGAUAAAUAAAGGUGACAUCCUGGUGGUUGCAACUGGUCAGCCCGAAUUGGUGAAGGGGGAGUGGAUCAAACCCGGGGCAAUCGUCAUCGACUGUGGAAUCAAUUAUAUCCCAGAUGAUACAAAACCAAAUGGGAAAAAAGUGGUUGGGGAUGUGGCAUACAAUGAGGCCAAAGAGAGGGCAGGCUUCAUCACCCCUGUUCCUGGUGGCGUCGGGCCCAUGACAGUUGCAAUGCUAAUGCAGAGCACAGUAGAAAGUGCAAAGCAUUUCCUAGAGAAAUUUAAAACAGGAAAGUGGACAAUUCAGUAUAACAGCCUUCACCUCAAGACACCUGUUCCAAGUGAUAUUGCUAUAUCGCGGUCUUGCAAACCGAAGCCCAUUGGUAACCUGGCUCGAGAAAUUGGUCUGCUCUCCGAAGAAGUAGAAUUAUAUGGUGAAACAAAGGCCAAAGUUCUGCUGUCAGCACUAGAACGCCUGAAGCACCAGACAGAUGGGAAAUACGUGGUGGUAACUGGAAUAACUCCGACGCCCCUGGGAGAAGGGAAGAGCACAACCACCAUCGGACUGGUUCAGGCCCUCGGUGCCCAUCUUCAUCAGAAUGUCUUUGCAUGUGUGCGACAGCCGUCUCAGGGCCCCACCUUUGGAAUAAAAGGUGGCGCUGCAGGAGGCGGCUACUCCCAGGUCAUUCCUAUGGAAGAGUUUAAUCUCCACCUCACUGGUGACAUCCACGCCAUCACAGCAGCUAAUAACCUCGUUGCCGCAGCCAUCGAUGCUCGAAUGUUCCAUGAACUGACCCAGACAGACAAGGCCCUCUUUAAUCGUUUGGUACCAUCAGUAAAUGGAGUGAGAAAGUUCUCUGAUAUCCAAAUCCGAAGGCUACAGAGACUAGGCAUUCACAAGACUGACCCUACCACACUAACAGAUGAAGAGAUCAACAGAUUUGCAAGAUUGGAUAUUGAUCCAGAAACCAUAACUUGGCAAAGAGUGCUGGACACCAAUGAUAGAUUCCUGAGGAAGAUCACAAUUGGACAGGCUCCGACAGAGAAAGGGUACACGCGGACGGCCCAGUUUGAUAUCUCUGUGGCCAGUGAAAUCAUGGCUGUCCUGGCUCUCACCAGUUCUCUAGAAGACAUGAGAGAGAGACUGGGUAAAAUGGUGGUGGCUUCCAGCAAGAAGGGGGAGCCCAUCACUGCUGAAGAUCUGGGAGUGAGUGGGGCGCUGACGGUGCUUAUGAAGGAUGCGAUCAAGCCCAAUCUCAUGCAGACAUUGGAGGGCACUCCAGUGUUUGUUCACGCUGGACCUUUUGCCAACAUUGCACAUGGAAAUUCCUCUAUCAUUGCAGACCGGAUUGCACUCAAACUUGUCGGUCCUGAAGGCUUUGUAGUGACUGAAGCAGGAUUUGGAGCAGACAUUGGAAUGGAGAAGUUUUUUAACAUCAAAUGCCGAUAUUCUGGUCUCCGCCCUCACGUGGUGGUGCUUGUUGCCACUGUCAGGGCUCUUAAAAUGCACGGGGGUGGCCCCACGGUCACUGCUGGGCUGCCUCUUCCCAAGGAUUAUACAGAGGAGAACCUGGAGCUGGUUGAAAAAGGCUUCAGUAACUUGAAAAAGCAAAUAGAAAAUGCCAGAAUGUUUGGAGUUCCAGUCGUAGUGGCCGUGAAUGCAUUCAAGACAGACACAGAGGCCGAGUUGGACCUCGUCAAUCGCCUUGCCAAAGAACACGGGGCCUUUGAUGCUGUGAAGUGUACUCACUGGGCAGAAGGGGGCAAGGGCGCUGUAGCCCUGGCUCAGGCGGUCCAGAGAGCAGCUGAGGCACCCAGCAGCUUUCAGCUCCUUUAUGAUCUCAAGCUCCCAGUUGAGGAUAAAAUCAGGAUCAUUGCGCAGAAGGUCUAUGGGGCAGAUGACAUUGAAUUGCUCCCCGAAGCUCAACACAAAGCCGAAGUCUACACCAAGCAGGGCUUUGGUAAUCUACCCAUUUGCAUGGCCAAGACACACUUGUCCUUGUCUCACAACCCAGAGCAAAAAGGCGUUCCUACAGGCUUCGUUCUGCCCAUUCGUGACAUCCGUGCUAGCGUUGGGGCUGGAUUUCUGUACCCCUUGGUGGGAACGAUGAGCACAAUGCCUGGGCUCCCUACCCGGCCCUGUUUUUAUGAUAUUGAUUUGGACCCUGAAACUGAGCAGGUGAAUGGAUUGUUCUAAGCAGGUCAUCCAUCUUCCGGAAGCUACUUUUAAAGGUUGGCCAGUAUCUGUCAGGCCCUUUAUGAGUCAGGGAGUACGGGGGAGUCGAGAGAAGUCAGCCCCUGCCCUGAAGAUCUUCUGAAGUAGUGGGGUUUCCCCAGAAGCCUUUUCUGCAGCCUUAAUUUUCAUCAUCAUGUAUAAACUAACAUAAAUCAUGCACAUGUCUGCUUACCCUAGUGAAGUUCCACAUAAUAAAAGAAAUUAAUUUUGCUAUCUCA